AGAUCUGUAAUGGCUUCUACAUGCUAAAUGUAAAUCCUGGUUCAGGUUGAAAAGAUUCUGUUUUAUUUUAAAUGUUUUAAUUCUUCCUGAAGCUCAUGGGUUAAAAUGGUCUUUAUUGGUCAUGGAGGCUCUUUGCAGUUUAUUUCCUAAGACUCCUCUUAGGCUUUUUUUUUUCAGGAUCCUAACCAGGUACCCACAGGGUAAGAGCAGAUCUUGAAUAAAAUGCCCUUUCUGACCCUUCUAUUUGAAUGGACUACACUCCAUAGACUACAUAAUCACAAAUUUGCCCUUCCCUCCCUAUUUUACCUACAGCUCAACCUCCAGCAACGGGUACAGGGACGCUGGUCAUCAAUCUAGGAGAUCAGAAUGAUAAUAUACCACUGCUGGAGGUGAACAAAGUGGAUAUGUGUUUGUCAGACAAGGAAACCAGGACUAACAUCACUGCUGUUGAUCUGGAUCUUCCACCAUACAGUGCACCAUUCCACUAUGAGCUCCUGGGAGAUGUCAAGGGAAAAUGGAGAAUCGAACCAAAACAUGGAACAACUGUGAACCUAAUCCGAGAGAAAAACGUCUAUUCAGGCCAUUAUGAAUUUCAGGUUAAAAUAUCUGACAACCAGGGCAUUGGAUCAGUCCAAAACCUGUCCAUCACUGUGUGUGACUGCAUCAUUGAACCCAACUGCCAGGGUCGCAGAUAUAUGACUGCACGGCCGAGCCUUGGCGCCAUUGGAAUCAUAAUAUUUGCUUUGUUGUUUCUGCUAGCAUUUCUUCUGAUGGCUUUUUUGAUAUCCUGCAAGCAGAAGAAAAUUAUGAUCCCAACUGAUGAUGUUCCUGAUUGGUAUCUUAUUAAAUCCAACACUGAGACACCUGGCACUGACUGCAAGCUGCCAGCUAAAAUAGCCCAAAUGGACAUGAGUGAGCACAGUGUGAAGACAUUCAAUUCUCUACGAGCUCAAAAUGGAAUUUCUUCACAGGAGUCGGUGCUUCACAAUGGUUUCUAUCAAGGUUUUUCAGCAUCCACUGAACAACAAAUGAUUAGGAGAUCUCUCCAAUGGGACACAAUGAGCAGAAAGUAUGCAACUUACUCCUCAGAUGUCUUUUCUCUGAGACAAAAACUGUCGAUUCAGCUUGAUCAGCGUCUCAUCCAGCUCCAGACUCAAGAGGAUCUGUUCGAUUAUGAGCCGCACUGCUAUGCAGAUGAAGGAGAACACGAGACAAACCAAAACCUUGAUCCUAUCCCCAUUCCUGAGAUAGAUUUCAGUCCAGACAUCAUUACAAAUUUAGAUUUACGAUUCAAGAAACUAGCAACUGUGUGCAGGCCUGAUCUGUCACAGUUUGAAUAAAAACCUGAACACUAAUAAUCAGGGGUUUUUUUUUUUGCUCACCCUUUGAGAGAACCUUGUGAUUUUGGCGUAUGCUUACAUGACACUGAGAUUUGCAGGUAAUCCUGAUUUAGCGUGCCUUCCUCAUGUAUGGGCAGAUGGACAAUGUGAUUGUGUUCUGCUAUGUUACUUGCAGGAACAGGGCUGGAGAGAGAAAAUAUUUAGAGAGAAAAUAAAACUGAUGUGGGUUUACAUGGUGCUCUGCAUUGGGAAUGGGUGGAAAUAGUUGAGCUUAAGCAAAAAGGACUUUAUUACAAAAAAAAACAUCUUUCAAAAAAUGUAAAUCACCUUUCAAAACUCAUUCAAAUGAGAAUGUAUAAAAUGAGUUCUCUUCAUGCCAAAUUCAUCUAAUUGUACUUUAUUUCCAUGAAAUUGGAAACCCUGGAAAUGUUUCCCAACAAAAACCAACAGUCUUUUUCUUUUUAUCCACUUUUGCUUUUGGGGUUCAGUUGCAAAAACUAGUGAAAUGAACCACUAGGUUUCCUUCAGCUGAACUACCCAUAUGCAUUUUUUAAUCUACCCUUAGGGGAGCAGCUUUAUUCCAAGUUCAGGUUACUACCUGUGUAGAGUUUCAUAUGUUAUUCUUGUGUCUAUGAGGAUUUCUUCCAUGUUGUCCAGCUUUGUUCCACCUCCUAAAAACACCUCGUGUGUGUGUGUGUAUUGAUGUCCCACCCAGGGUGGAUACCUGCCUUGCUUCUGGUGUUUCUGGUAUAGGCUGUGGAUCCACUGAGGACACAGCACUUACUGAGGAUAAAUGAAUGCUUAAUAAUGAAUGAAAAAAAUGGGAGCAAUAUUUUUGAAAGCUGUUUUAGAGUCGCUAAUUUUGGGUGCAGUUAUAAUGGGUUUUGUAAAGUUCUGCAUUAGGAGUUGGUAGAAGAUUUUAAACUCAAAGUACUCAUGGUCUUGGGAAAUACAAAUAAUUUACUUGAAGAGGUUUUUUUUUUGGGGGGGGGGUAUCAUAUAUUCUAGGGGUGUAAUGCAAUACCACUAUCUGUGUAAUGACUUGAAAAUCUGCGUCUGUAUUCAGAUUUGAACCAUUGUCAGAAUGUUCUGUGGAGCUGGGGCAUGGUGCUGCUGUGAGUCAAAAUGGGAUUUUUUCAGCAACAUUUCAUUAAAAUUUCCUGUGAUUUUUAUUUUUUUCUGGGAAGCUUUACUUUUACUAACAAUUGAGACCAUUUAUAUUUAAGAACAAUGAAAAAGGCACAAUAAAUGUACACUUUUCUAAGACCCAGCAGAAAUAUGUUGUAAUGUGCACAGUGUAUGAUCUGUGUGGGCUAUAGGAGCACUGGAUCUAAAAAUAAAAGCUUUUCUGUUAUGAA